AAUAACAAAUGUGAACAAUUUAUCAAUAUCUCAAUUUUCGGCAAUCGUUAUUUCAAUUUAAUUCGCGUAAACAUGACUCAUGAUCUUAAGACUGGUGAGGGCAGCAAUUACGAAGCUUUGCCCGUAAUUCUGGAGAAUGGACGCAAAGUUUAUGGUCCACCACCGAACUACAAAGAUCCAGCGCCAACCUAUCAGUGUGAAUUGUAUGUAACACGCAUUCCCCAGCAACUAGACGAAUUGGCAUUUCUCAGGUGGCUGCAUCGCAUUGGACCUGUAUAUGAGUUCCGCCUUAUGAUGGACACUGGCAGCUCCAAUCGGGGAUAUGCAUUUAUACGUUAUUGUAGCGAAAACAAUGCACUUGCUGCCUUUGAACUGCUAAAGCAUCUGUUUGUAUGUGGCAGUGAGGAUCGCCUUGGUGUCUAUAGAUCCCAGGGAAAAAAUCGUUUGUACAUCAGUGGCAUACCGCGGGCCAUACCGCUGCCAUUGUUGCAGGAAAACUUUAAAUUAUGCUUUCCGCAAAUGCAUAGCUGCACAGCGUAUCCACCACUGAAACAGUGCAAUAAAAAAUUCAUUGGUCGUGAGAACGAGGAGAAUCGUGGUUUUGCGUUUAUCGAAUUCAAAGAUCAUGAAAUGGCCUUGGAGGCUAAGAAACGUUUGACACCGGGUCGUGUACGCAUGUGGGGUGUUGAUCUGAAAGUUCAAUGGGCCAAACCCAAGGAGGAGUUGCAACUGACUGGUGUGGGAACAAAGAAUUUCAGUGGAUAUCCCAAUAACAGAAAUAACGCCCAAUUCUUUAUGCCAAAUGAUUUCUGCGCUAAACUGCGUCUCUAUUGCUUGGCCAAUAACUUUAAUAUACCCAUAGUUGUGUAUGGACCAGCUUUUUACUCUGGCCAAUUGCAGUAUGCCGGGAUUCUGUUGAAACACAGCUCGUCCGGCAUGUACUCGAUGUACAUUUUUGAAAUCGCCUUCUCCUACAUGUCGGACAUUCACUUGGCCAUAUGUGAAGUUGCGGUUAAAAUGAUCGAACGGCAAAUAGGACAUUUGUUUUGCCAUGGUCUCUUUAGGGUAGUCAGCGAUACCCAAGCAGAAUUGGUACAAACUUUCAAAACCCCCGAUGAACUUUCUUCAUUCAAUCUUUCACGUUUCUUUAAUCGUCCUUAUGUUAUGCGAGAUCUUGCCAUAUCUUUGCAAUUGUUGGCUGAACAGAGCUCGGAAAAAAUUCUAGCCUUAUACAAGAGGUCUUUUUUAACCAAUGCUGCAUUGGCCACCUUUGAAUUGAAUGCCGAGAAUGCUUUUGCAAAAUUUUAUUCGAUUUUACCCAAGUUUCGAAAUAAUAGAAAAUUAAAUAACAAUUUUAAUGAUAUGGAAAUAACACUGCUACAAAAUCCUGCUAUUGGCCUGUUACCUCCGACAGAUGUUUCCCCUGUGGCCCCUAUACUAGCCGGAAAUUUGACGGCCAUAAAACAAGAGCCGCCUCAACUCUUUACAUUGAGAUCCCAACAAGGUUUCGGCAUCAAUUAUUUAUUGCAGCAUGUCGAAAUCAACAGUCUUAUGCAAAGAGCCUGCUAUCACCCAGACCAGCGAGUCAAUUCAAAUCCUGUGUGGAUUGCAGGACAAUCUUAUCAAAAAUCGAUUUACAAUUAACCAUUUUACAUUUUAAGCAAAAACCUUUUUUAAAAGUGAAGUUGACCUUUAUGUUUUAAUUAUUUUUACACUUUAUGCCUAUAAUUAUUAUUAUGUUUGUGUUUUGUUUGUUCCUCAUGAAUGGUUUAAGGGGGUAGUUUCGGCAUAAUUAGCUUAUGAUGGAAAAUUCAAUUUAUAUUUUUUUUAGUUUUUAUCAACUGCUGUAAACUCCCCGAAAAUGUGUUCGUUUUGUAUUGCGCCUCUAUAUCUACAUAUCUGUUUGUUCAUUUACUUGUAGACAUUAAGAUUAAAACUCACACAGAAGAUACAGUUUAUGUUAAUUUAUAACUUAACAGCCUUGAUUGAUGAUUAUUGUCUUACAUUAAGUUUAGUAGUUUUACUUCUCACAUACGAUAUUAUGCUUAGGUUUUUCCACUAUACACUUUUCUAUACUACUUGUAACAAAAGUAAAUCCCAUACGCGGAGGUAGGCGUAUUCAUAUAUUUUCAAAACAUCUAAAUAAA